AUGGAAAUCUCGACCGUAUUAGGAAAACAUAAGCCAUCAUCAAAAACAACUGAAAAGCUGGAAACGACGAUUUGGCCACCAUCACAAUUGAUGCGCAAUGCCGUAAUUAACCGUAUCGUCAGAGAGUUCUCUGGUCCAACCCUAAGUACUGUUCUCUACUGUCGCGAGCUCUCUACCGAAGAAGCUGAAUUCCUAGCUCUCCAGGUCGAACUCGAAGCUUUUCUUGCCGCCGAGGCCAGCGGUGUUGGCGAUAUUGAGAGUGUGAAGGCUUACGUUAACUCUGUCGGUGAUCAUUUGGGGAAGAUGGUUUUUGAUGCUAGAUCUGAGAAGUCAUGUGUUAAGAAGUAA